UUAACCCACUGACUUUACCUCAUUCGUAUACAUGUAAGAACGACCGGAGUUAUUUUAUAGUCUGGUGUUAACUUAACUCUACCCCGUAACUCUCCAUUUAAGAACGCACCCCUGCAGUGAUCUAAAGUGGUCUUUAUUUCUAUACAUAGUUUGAUUAUAAUUUUUUUAAGGUUACUAAAUUUUUUUUACAAUAGAUCAUGUACUUUUAACUUUCCAAUUACAAUACAAACCCUUCGAGUGUUUUCACGUAUGUAAAUAUUUUUCAACGACUAUCAUUAGCAAGCUGAAUCUUUGUUAACAUCAAAAAGAGUCAAACGAGAAACAGUGAAGAGAGAAAAUCUUGAUUGUUUUUGUAGAACAUGGCAACAGGAACUAUUUUGCAGAAAGCUAUUGAUCUGGUAACUAAAGCUACUGAAGCUGACAAAAACAAGGAUUACGAAAACGCCCUCAAGCUGUAUGAGCACGCAGUUGAGUAUUUCCUUCACGCCAUCAAGUACGAUGCCCAGGGUGAGAGAGCCAAAGAAAGCAUCAGAUUAAAAUGUCAACAGUACCUUGAUAGAGCUGAAAAAUUGAAAGAUUAUCUAAAAAAAGGAAAAAAAAAGCCAGUGGCAGCUGGAAGUGAAGGCUCAAAGGAAGAUAAAAAAAGUGACAGUGGAGAUAGUGACAAUGACAGUGAUCCUGAUAAAAAAAAGCUUCAGUCUCGAUUAGAAGGUGCUAUCGUUGUUGAAAAACCAAACGUUAAAUGGAGCGAUGUUGCUGGGUUAGAUUUAGCUAAAGAAGCUCUGAAAGAAGCUGUAAUUCUCCCCAUUCGGUUUCCACAUUUUUUCACUGGUAAGAGAAUCCCAUGGAAAGGAAUCCUCUUAUUUGGUCCUCCCGGUACCGGUAAAUCAUAUUUGGCCAAAGCUGUUGCUACUGAAGCAAAUAAUUCAAACUUUUUGUCAGUAUCAUCAUCUGACUUGGUCAGCAAAUGGCUUGGAGAGUCUGAAAAGUUGGUUAAAAAUUUAUUCGAACUCGCACGCGCACGAAAACCUAGCAUAAUUUUUAUAGAUGAAGUUGACUCUCUAUGUUCUUCAAGAUCUGACAAUGAAUCAGAGUCAGCUCGGCGAAUUAAAACCGAGUUUUUGGUUCAAAUGCAAGGGGUUGGAAAUGAUAAUGAUGGAAUCCUUGUUCUUGGAGCUACAAAUAUUCCCUGGGUUUUAGAUGCAGCUAUCAGAAGACGUUUUGAGAAAAGAAUUUACAUUCCCCUUCCAGAAGAACAUGCAAGAGCAACUAUGUUUAAACUUCAUCUUGGAAAUACGUCUCAUAAUCUUAAUGAGGAUGAUUUUAAGAAACUCGCAGCAUCUACCGAAGGAUACUCUGGUGCUGAUAUUAGCAUUAUUGUCAGAGAUGCUCUGAUGCAACCUGUAAGACUAGUGCAAACAGCAACUCAUUUCAAAAGAGUUAGUGGUCCAUCACCAAAAGAUGCAUCAAUUAUUGUCUCCGAUUUAUUGACUCCUUGUUCACCUGGAGAUCCAGGAGCCAUGGAAAUGAAUUGGAUGGAUGUAGAAGGAGAUAAACUUUAUGAACCACCAGUAACCAUGAAACACAUGUUGAAGUCUCUAUCGACUACCCGCCCAACGGUGAACGAAGAAGACUUGAUAAAACUUGAUAAAUUUAAAGAAGAUUUUGGUCAAGAAGGUUGAAAAGUGCAACAAAGAAACGUCAAAGUAUUUUUUAUGUCAAAUCCAGAUAUUUUAUUGCCACUUUUUUUUGUUCACGUUAAAUGUUUAUUUUCAGAAUUUUUUAUCAAUUCGAUAUUAUAAUUGUGAAUGCACACUUGAAAUCGAGUUGAAAUAAAAUCUUAUAUUAAAUAAUACUAAAAAAUUUCACAUUAAAAUUAAAUUAUAUACUCUCUCUAAAAUAUCAAUUCAAAAAUAAAGAAUUUACAUUACAUGAAUCAAAACCGGGUGAAAAUUGCCUGAUGAUUGAUUUUAAUUUAAUUUAUAAGGAGGCAUAUUUAGCUUAUAAUUUAACACAUGUAAAUCUACGCGCAUUUUAAAGUCAUUAUAAAGCUCCUAAUUAUAUGGCUAGUAGAAUGCAAGAGUACAACCUAAAGUAUUUUUCUCAUAAAAUUGUAAAGAAAGAUGUAUAUCAUGAGACCCGGUAGGGUCUUCGUUUAAAUUUCGUUUUAGAAAUAAAAAUUGCAAGGCUAACUGAGUAUAUAUAU